ACAUAUUCAGUUCGCCAUGGAUUUACGAAUGGCCGUCCAGACUUACGUGGACGAGCUCUGUGCCGAACUCGGUUUGUGUCCAGUGCCUCAGGCUCGCCUCAUACAAAACUCGUCAUCAAAACGUAGUUGUGGCGAUUUCAACAUUUUUAUCAGGCAGCCAUCAUUUGACUGCUUACGGCCGCAUAUGUUCCGAUUAGUUAAGGAGCUGCCAAGAGUUUCUGAAAGUUGGGCACUACCCAUAGAACGGGUUGGCUAUAGUGAGAACUCUGCCUACCUUGAAUUGUUCCUUAAGAGAGUACCAGCCUUCCAACGGCUGUUCCAAGCGAUUGGCUCAUUUCGGGAUGAUGCCGAUAUUGUAUCAUCGUCGCGAACGCCAAAUUCCUGUUUGCCAUCAAAGAAAUUAAAAGAUUUCGAUAGUGUCGCAGCCGGCCGCAACAGCUGUACUAGUAACAGCAAUAAUAUCGAUAAGAAUCAACGCCUCCUGGUCAUCGUGCACGCUCCGGAUCAGCCACCUUUCGAUCACCGGCGCUCCGAGAUGCUCGCACUAUAUAUGCGCACACAGUACGAGGCUUGUGGAUUCCAGGUCCAUGAGGUGAAAGAUAUUUAUUUGUUUGAUGAAGAUUCCCCUCUUUCUAAAAAGGAUUACGAAAAUAGUGAAUACUUUGAUGCAGCUAAACAAGCGUUUGAUCUUCGCAGAUAUUUGGAAGACAGGUCUUUAGAGACGGAAUUGGACGCUAAUCUAGGGGCGGUCUACCUUAAUAGCCCAGCAGUGAGUUUGGCAAGGGCUCUUGCGAGCGCUGCGCGUGCGUGCAUUCAAGCGACAACUACCAAUCUCGACGAUGUGUUACUUUGUCACGUUGCCCCUCAGAACAAAGCCUACGUCCAACAACAAGCAGGUGUUCUGCUUGAGAUACUAGAGUGCCUAAAGCAACGAGAAGAUCAGCCCGCAAGGCAAGCCUUUGUAAUACAUGGUGGCACCGACGCGCGACAGAAUUCGGUUGAUGACUACUUGCAGCAAAUUUAUGACUAUGUGUCGAACAGUCUUCGUCAUCGACGACUUCGAGCCGAUGAGGGAUCUCCUCUGUGCUCGAUGGUCGUACGGGUCUUAGCUGACACGAAGAUUACGUUUGAGCUUCUUGCCGCUCGUCAAAUGGCCCGUCUAAAGAUCUCACCCCUUUCGUCUAAGGACGACACAUUAGAAGGCGGAGGCGGUGGGGGCGGAGUAGCAUCGUUUAAUGGAAAAGGUGGAAUAUUUGUGCAGUACACCUGUGCACGUUUGGCCGUUCUAUUGUCUAAUUACGAUUGCGCAGUUGCCGACGGAAGGUACCCGACGUGCCAACCUUGGAGCGAACUACAUGCCGAAGACAUCGACCUCAGCGCGUUGAGUUUAGAUUUCGACUGGCUUUUGUGGCGAGUGAUGUUCAGGUGUCAAACUGCGCUGGAACGGGGGUCUACACUGCCCUGUUUUCUUUCAAAUGAGGGCGGCACAGGUGAGAGACGUGUCUUCAAGUUUGACCUAUGCGCCCACAGUGUAUGUGAAGCCUUGGCUGCCGCAUGUGUACAGUUUUCGACAUACUAUUCUAAGGUGAGGGUGCUCGUUGAAGCUCAGCCCCAUUUAAUAGAAUCUCUUAAAGCUCGCAUUUUUCUUCUGGUAUCGUUGCGCUCGUUGCUGCAUAGAGGAUUGCAAAUGUUAGGACUUCAACCAGUACAAAGAAUGUGACUGGUUCAGUACAUCAACGAUAACACGGCCGCCCCACUGUCAGCGACACGCUGAAAUGACAGAAUCUGAUAAAGCAGAAAGCUAGAGCUUAAAAGGAUUUCCAGACGAACGAUUUGACAUUAAGCGACCUACAAGCACCGCCAUUCUUCUAUGUAAAAUGACUAUCGCUAAUACAAAUGAAAUAGAUAAGAAAUGAAAUCAAUAUUAUGGCGCGGAUUUUUUUGCCAUCUGUGCUGCUUUAAGACGGGCUAAUGAUCACAAAGAGGUGAAUAAAUUUAGGAAAAAAGCA